AUGUCAAAUAAAUCAUCAGGAUACCUAGUGUCAAUUUUCGGCUGUUGCAAAAGAACAAAACGCAAUGCAGUAAGCAUUGAAAGCAGAGAAUCAUAUCACAAUUACCGCACAGUGGUAGCUCAAAAUGCGCACACCCAAACCAAUGAAAAUGCUAAAAGUCACAGAAGCUUUAACAAAGACAAUAAUCUAAUCAGUACACCAUCUUCCUUUAAGCCAGUUAUAGUUGUUAAAAAAGGGCCAAAUUUCGAGCCACAGUCUCCAGCUACAGCAGAUACUAAAACAAAUAUUCAAAAAUCAGCGAGUUUGGGGCUGUCACUUCCCUCUGCCUUUCAAAACGACUCUAUCGAUACAAUUCCUUUAGAAAACAGCGAAGAAGGCUUGAUGUCUUCACGCACAUUUCAGCAAAUAUUUAAAGAAUCAAACAGUAACAUCUCUUGAAGCAAGUCUUUUUCAAAGCUAAAUCCUCUCCCAAGUCCUUUUGUAUGUGAAAGUAAUUUUUUAAGACCAAAAUUAAAACCUGUCACUCCAGAGUCUUUUUCUAAGAAAAUACCUGGGUCGACUAGGAAUAUCAAAAGAAGGGAGCUAACUGAUUAUUCCAAAUAA